AGUUCGCUAAUUCAUACUUAUCUUCUAGAUAUCUCCAAAAAGAAGCAUAUAUGAAUGGACCCAUCAGCGCAAUGGCUUGCCUAGAGGACUUACUUUAAUAGAAUGAUCACAGUUAAUGGCAUUGACGGUAUUACCUGCAGCACACAGCCACAUUACUCCCGAUACCCAGAUGAAUACCAUGUCAGAAUUGGCAUCAUAUGUGAAGUUUGCACCUAUUCAUGAAUCCCAUCCUUUUCACUAUUCAGACUCUUUCCUUUCCCACAGCUUUCUCUUUCCCUUCGUAAUCCUCUCUGGCCGAGCUUUUCUUCUUCCUUUUCUCAAGGUGCAUAUAUUAAUGGGACUCGGUGGGAUCCAAUCAACAUACACGGGCUCCGCGAAAUCGAUACCAGACUUACUCCAUUACGUCGUGAUCUAUAAAGUCAAUGGAAAGGGCAAUGGGGGCAACAAAUCUUCUCGACUCUAGUCUCUGACAGAUUGCCAGUGCGUUGGUUAGGAAACGCAGUGGAUAUCUUGAAUUCUUCUACUCUGUAGUAUAUAGCCCGUACCGGCCGGUGAUUCAAGUGGACGGGGAUGACGAACCCCCGUGACGCAUCAAACGGAAAAACGACGAAGAACGUCACCUUCGACGGCCGAGGGCAUUAGCAGAGUUCUCAAACACCCAAGUAUCUGAGUAUGGUGUUCAUGGC